AUGUGGUGGUCGUUCUUGUUUCGCCAGGAUAUCUUCAAGUUCGACUUUCUGAACUGCAUUGACUUCAUGUUAGUGUUUCUGCGCGUGGUCGAUUCAUGGAUGCUCUACCCCUUUGGGGUGGUCUCCAACCUGAAAUUUGCCAGCGCUUUCAGGGUCUUCCAGUUUGGCAGAGCAGUCAGGCAGGUCCAGCUGCAUCCCAACUUUCGGGAGCUUUGGAUCGUGAUCUCCGCAGUGGGAGAGACCAUGUGGACUUUGGUCUGGGUUGGCAUCAUGCUCGUGGGAGUGAUCUAUGUCUGCGGCAUUCUGUUUCUCGUUUAG